AUGGGUUUCUACUACAAUCAGCCACGACAGGGAUUCUACUACAACCAGCCCAACCAGGGAUUUUACUACAACGAACCCCGACAGGGCUUCUAUUACGACCAGGGCUUCUAUUACCAGCAGCCAAAGCAAGGAUUCUACUAUGAUCAGGGCUUCUAUUAUCAACAACCUCGACAAGGUUUCUACUAUGACGAACCACGACAGGGCUUUUAUUACGACGGUUUCUACUACAACCAGCCCCGACAAGGUUUCUACUACGACCAGCCCCGCCAAGGCUUUUACUAUGACCAGGGCUUCUAUUACCAACAGCCCCGCCAAGGAUUCUACUAUGACCAGGGAUUCUACUACCAGCAACCCCGACAAGGCUUCUAUUACCAGCAACCUCGACAAGGUUUCUACUACCAGCAGCCACGACAGGGAUUCUAUUAUUAA